CCACCAUAUGGAAAAUUGAUGCCCGGAGGGUUCCUGAAAGUUUGGUGGUGACUGGUGAUAUUAUCAGUACUUCAGGCGAUGUUUAUGGCAAAGGAGAAGGGGGGCGUUUCGGUCCCCUUACGGAGCGCGGGCCGUUGAAACGCGAUGGAAGGCACCGACAUUAGCACAAUUCAUGGGCGGAACAUAGAUAUUUGUCAAGUUGUCAACACUUUCACGCGGUGUCCCUCCCCUUCUGACAUGUCACUCAUAAUGCCCGUCUCAGACCAGUUCUGAUGGCUCAAUCUAUGCCGAGUCAGGUGUCACCCACCGCCCCCAUGAGCCGCUCCCUGAUUGGCCGCCCGCGCGACCACGCUCUGUGAUUGGUCGAGCCGAUAAGACGGCACCCGUGGCGGCGGGCCGUAGUACGCUACGGGCGCCCGCUGAGAGAGGGGGUCGUGUGUCUCCGGUGCAUAGCUCCCACGUGCACACGUGUGUAACGCGAGUUUGACAGUCGCGCGGUCGGCUCUCGCCCGGUGUGAAGCCGUUUCCAGUGGCGAUGUUGUGUCCGACGGGGAUCGGAGCGAAGCUGACCGGUCACAGCGAUCCGUGGCCGUUCUCCAGUGACCAGCUGUGGCGGAUGGCUCCCGUUCUGGCCCGGCGGGCUCGCCGCUGCCGUCUGGCCCAGUUCGGAGGAUCACCCGCGCGCCGGUGUCUCUCCGAGCCGCUCACCAGCUCCCAACUCAGUCAGUUCGUCAAAGAAGAGCACGCCGCUUGCUGCGCAUCCGACCGGCGCCGGUACAACUUUGACUUUGAGACGAUGGAGCCGCUGGAGGGUCGGUUCUUAUGGGAGCCUGUCGAUCAACCGCCACGGCUGGCUGACAGCUCAGAGUCGGAGUUUGGCUGCGACAGCUCGUCGGAGCUGCAGACACGGACGGUGCCGGUGGUGCUGAAAACGACCCCAGAGCUGAGCCGCCCAGCGCCACUGAAGGAGACAGAGAGGAUAUCAGUCUGUCCUCCCGACAGUCCUCUCAAAGCAACCGAACACACCUCCAGCACGGACAUUUCUCGAAUCGGAAAAAGAUCUACUGUCUCUCAACGCGACGGUCGCCGUCCACUAGCCGUGAUCUGCAAUGACCGGGAUGAGCUCCGCUUCAGAGAGCUGCUGCCAAGCCUCGCUGACGAAACAGUUCACGCUUCUCCAUCUCCCAUAGAAAGAUAGGCGGCCUAACGGAUCUUGGAUCACGCGAUUCGGUUUAUAGUUAAGUUUUUGAUGGGACACAGCCACAUGACGAGGUCCGCUAAAUUGGUCCGAUGAAACGGACGAGGUGGGCUCAAUGGAGCUCAGUAGGGCCCGUCCCAGAUAAUAGAUGAAAGGUGGUGAGCGCAGCCCCCUGCAGUGAUCUCAUUUCAGCAGCCGCUCGGUGAUCUUGUCCUCACAUCUCUGGCGGGUUACCAGGCCAUAUGGCCUAGUACCCGACUGUGCCAUUCAUACUCACCUUGAAAGCGCUAAGUUCUGAUUGAUUCGAUGUGAUGUUUGGAAAGUGUCGGUUCAACUUUUUUUGCUUUUGUUGUGUGGCUAGCUUUCUCCUGUUAAUCCCGCCUGAACGUUAAACGUCCAUCGUAUCAUUUUGCUCGAUCUAACAAUGCUUGUUCACUUACAGGGGAAGGGGGGGGGGUCUUGCUUAGGUUUAGGGUAGGAAGUUAAGGACUAUCAGAAGUUUCACAGCUAGCGGCUUUUCAUCAGUGUUCACUAUGAUGUAAUCGUUUUCGAGACUGAGCCGGUUCGAGAAGAGAUUGUAGUGUAGGUGCCCAAUGGGACAGCCAUGUGACGGAUGGAAGAUCAUUGCCAUAUUUGUAGUCGCUCUGUAGAGGACACCUUGCCAAGGAGGCGUUGGGCUGGUAUGAUCUCUCGCUGUUACCAGUGAUACUCUGAGCUGAUACCAGUGAUACUCUGUUCGUUGUCUUUCGGCCAGCGAUAACCACUGCCGUCGUCUGUUACGACCCUUUUUCAACUGUGGAGGGCGCCAACGUCUGUGAUGCUGUUCUCGUUUUAACGACGCGUGGUGUGUAUGAGACGGUGAUGAUCUUGGAUGACAAUAAAUGUUGCUAUACGCAUUGAA